GCCACUAAUCCAAAACAAGGUUUUAAAAAAUUGUGGUGCUUAAAUAGAGGGCCCUGAUAGUAGGCCUACUUUGUCCACUUUGGCACGGCUCUGAGAGUAUCACCACCACCAGCCACAUAUCAAGUCAUGGGCAAUAGCAAGAGCUGUGCUCUCUCCAAGGAGGUGCUGGAGGAACUGAAGCUGAACACCAGGUACACGAAGGAGCAGCUGCACACCUGGUACCAGACCUUCCUGCGGGAGUGUCCCACGGGCCGCAUCAGCCAGCAGCAGUUCGAGAGCAUCUACGCCAGCUUCUUCCCGGACGCCGACCCCAAGGCUUACGCCCAGCACGUCUUCCGCAGCUUCGACCAGAACAGCGACGGCACGCUGGACUUCAAGGAGUACAUCGUGGCACUGCACCUCACCUCCUCAGGGAAGACCAUGGAGAAGCUGGAGUGGGCUUUCGCCCUCUACGACCUGGACGGCAACGGCAGCAUUACCAAAAACGAGAUCCAGGAGAUCGUCAGGUCAAUAUUCAAUAUGAUCUCUAAAGAAGCACAGAAAAAUCUCCCUCAGGAUGAAAAUACCCCUGAAAAGAGAGCAGAUAAAAUCUGGGACUUCUUUGGGAAGAAAGAGAAUGAUAAGAUAACGGAGGGUGAGUUCAUUCAAGGGAUUAUGGACAACAAGAACAUCCUAAGACUGAUCCAGUUCGACGAACCGCAGAAGGUCCAGGAGAGGUUAAAGGAGAAGAAACACUAGAGUUGUUCACCAGUAGAGAUCACCAGUAUUCAUCCAUCAUGCUAUUCAAAGCUUGUCGGCCUCACCAUUUUUAGGAGACAGAUGGAGACAUUGACAUAAGUAUUUUAUUCAUAUUCAUUUAUUAUUUAUUUUAUUAUCAAACAUCAUUCAAUUUUUUCCUUCAGGUUUACUAUCAACUCCCCUUCUGAAUUGGACAUCUUAAUAGCUCAAGCAUGCAGAGUUCUAAUAGUGUUAUAGAGGUCUUUUUCUUUUAUUAAAACAUGUAAUGUAUUUUACAACAAAGAUAGAAAAGUAUAUUCUUAGACAGUUGAAAAAUAACUUUUGAAAUAUGUAUCAUUUCUGUACAGUUGUCAUAAUCAUUAGCAGUCAUAGACAUAACCAUUUAUAGUAUACUCAUAUUAAUAUGAAUAUUCCAUAAUUUUAUUUUUUGCAGACAAGAACAGUAUUUUUCUUAGAACACAAAUCACCUACACAAAUGCUUCCGAUGUCCCGAUCAAUAUUUUUCUCACAAUAAACUCUUUUGUAUCCAGCUUACACAAUAUAUUAUUACUGUAACACUACAUCACAUCUGUACACAGAUCAAUAUAAAAACCUAUACAUCUUAUUAUCAAUAUGGCAGUCAUCACGUACACAAUUAUUCCUUCUUGAACAAACUCCAUUAUUUAUCUUGGGUGAACCCAGACAAACCUGUUGGCAAAUUUUUGCAAGUCCGUCUGGAAAGGAUUACAUUGACGCCUGUAACUUCCUGGGGCAUAACCAGCAGUGAAAUUAAACUUAGAUUUGUGCAUUAAAGUUACCAAAUUGUUUCAAAGUGCAGCAAGCAUAUAAUUAUUGUAAACAAAUGUUUUAAAUGCAGUUGUUUACUGAAUUCCAAAGAAAAUACACGUUCCUGGUUUUUUGGUGAUUUGGAAAUGGAAAUCAAUGGGCUCCUUUCCAGACCCGCAGAGCAAAUUAAAAUUUGUUAACUGGAUUGUCUUGGUUCACUCAGGCUAUCCAAUUCUAGUCAUGGUAGUUGCAACCCCAUAUCCUUAUCACUGAAUAGGGGUCAGUGGUUGUUUCAUAUAUAAUCCAUAUUAUCUAUAACUUGUAAUAUGGUAAUAAUAAUGAACAGCACUGAACUAGCUGCUUGACUAUAUUUACAUCCAGGGCAGCAAUGCAAUAUAAUACGAUUUUAUUCAAGAAUUACUAUUAUUUACAGUACAUUAAUCACAAGUCAAAGACUAGGAAUAUCCUUGUCUGUCUAUAGGUAGUCAUUGUAUGCUAAAAUGGCAUACAAUCCAUAGUAAGUAUUAAGUUGCUUUAGAAGAAAUGCACAAAAAGGGAUUUCCCAAAAAGCAUUUAGGACAGCAAACCUUCAGUUCUCGUUUCUGUGACUAUGGCACUCUGAUUCAUUUCAAAGGGAUGAAUAUCUAUCAAAGAAUGACAUUUAUUUUGAAAUACCCAUGUGUGCAUCUCAUU